AUGUGAAGAAAUUUACCGGAAUUUGCAAUGGACAAUUUUCCGACAAAGUAAAUUCAAUUAAACUUCAAUGGGCAUCUUUUAUUUCCGCGUUGCAAAGCUCAAAACUGUACGCGGUGAUUUCCAGUGCAUAGAAAUUUACUUACCAGUUCUUGAAAUUUUCCAUGCAAUUUUGGCACUUCCUGCAUCUCUCUUAUUUAAAUCCAUAUCUAGAGCAAAGUUUGAGCUAUAGUAACAAGCAAAUUAAUCUAUUUCCAAAUUCUCUCUAAUCUUAUUUUUGAUAUAUCCCCAAUUAUUGUUAUGGCUAUGAACAUUGAGUUGUCCUCUGAAACCAAACAAGAAGAAAUGCAGGUGACAAUAAAGGUUGAUGAGGACAUUCAAGAAAAUGAGGUCCUUGAGGUCAAGACAAAAACAGUAGAUCCAGUUGAACUCACAAAGCCCGCCUUAGAUUCGGCUGGUGAAAGUGGCACACGCACUGCAGAGGCCCACGAAAAGUCUAGCAAUUGGAUAGUGAAAGCACCAGAGGAGGAUUCUACAAGAUCAAUAAGGAGUGAAGUGCAACCAUUAUUGACUUUGUUGUUAACAGUCAUGGUGUUUAUCGCAGGAGGGGCAUAUGCAGCUCUUCUUAAUUUUCAUGAAGUUUUUCCUCACGUAGAGCAUGUCAAGAUUGUGAACCUUAGCAUCCUUGAGUUGUUGACAUUUCCAAGUGCUGCAGUAGAAGGUUUUCUUUUCCUUAGUGCGGCCACAAUCACAUUCAUAUCAAGCAUGUUGGUGAUUUUGUCUGCCUUGUGCCUGAUCUGUGGGAAAUGGGCAUGGGGCCCUUCAUUGGCGACUUUAAUCUUGUUUGUAAUAGCGGCAAUGUUUCUUAGUUUUUUUGCUAUGCUGAAUAAGCUUGUUCCGCACUUGAUCACAGUAGGUGGAGGCCUUGCCAAAGUUCCAGGAGUAAUAAUUGUUAUAUUCUACAGUAUAUAUGUGAUGGUUCUUAUACCUAUAUUGGCAGUUAUUGUUACAAGGGUAAUUUAUGGAAUUCGUACAUGUAAGAUAGUGAAGUUGUGUACAACAAAAGCUUAAAUUUUCUAUGCAUUUGACAUUCUAGUGCAGAGUGUAAUCUAGGACUAGCCUCAUAUCCUACAUGCCACUAAAAGUGCAAUGCGGUGAUUAGUAGCAGCUUUUUGAUUUUUUUUUUUUGUUACGAGUAAUA